AUAUAUCCUAUUGUAGGAAGGAAAAAGAAAGGGAAUUCAAAAAGGAAAAAAAAGUUUCCAAUUUUUACUCAUUUGAUAUAUGAAGAGUGGAGGGACAGCAAUGAUUCAAACAACCUCUCCCUCCUUGUUCCUCCUCCAUCUGCUGCUUCCCAUAUGGAAUAAUGGCAACAAAUUAAGCUUUUCAAAUCAUUCUCCCUCCUCAGUUUCAAUCACUCCCUAAUUUCUUUUUAUAACCAUAAUCAUAAUCUCUUUUUGAAAUCAGCCAUUUCUUAAUUAAUUCUUUCCCACACCCUUUAAUCAUUCCCCCACUUCCCAUUUCUCUGUGUGAGGAUUGGCAGAUCAGCCAGAUUCUGUUUCUCUGUCUCUUCCUCUUCCUCUUCCCCCAUUCCAUUCCAACCAAGCUUUCUCUCUCUAGAACAACCAGACGCAAACAAACCAACAGGAUAUUCCCUCUGCUUCCCUUUCUCAAUUUGGGUUUUGGGGCAUUCUUGUUUCUCACUCGUUUUACAGGUCCCCAAUUCGCCAAUGAUGGAGGAGGAGAUGAAGAUUUUCUGUUCUGCUUCUGCUUCUGCCAUGGCUUUCUUUCUCUCUCUUGCCCUUUUGGCGUUGCCUUCUUUGGCUUCCGAUGAUACUUCUGCUCUCACUCGCUUCCGUCUUCAAGCUGAUUCCCAUGGCGGACUUCUCGGAAACUGGACUGGGUCUGAUGCCUGUGUUUCUUCAUGGCGUGGAGUUCAGUGCUCCGUUAAUGGCCGCGUCGUUGCUCUUUCUCUUCCUUCUCUCAAUUUACGAGGACCCAUUGAGGCUCUAGGAAGACCAGGCGGUCGACCUCCCGAAAUGGGUCCGAUCCGUGGUGAAGGAAGAGUGGACUGCAGAAGUGUUUGAUCCUGAGCUGUUGAGGUACAAGAACAUUGAGGAGGAGCUUGUGUCAAUGCUUCAUGUUGGGUUGGCCUGUGUUCUGCCACAGCCUGAGAAGAGACCAACAAUGGCAGAAGUGGCGAAGAUGAUCGAAGAUAUCAGGGUCGAGCAGUCCCCGCUCGGAGAAGAUUACGACGAGUCGCGCAAUUCGCUUUCGCCUUCUCUAGCCACCACAGAAGAUGGUAUGGUUUAGCCUAAAUUUUCAGGUGGGUUGACCCUUGAUCUGAUUGUUAAGAUAAUGUUUAGUUUAAAUUAAUCUUCUCUUGCAUUUUUCUCAUGCAAAUUUAUGGUAUUUAUUAGAAUCUACGUUUGGUGUUUAUUGUAAAACUUGAUUCAUGUUUGCUCCCUGUGGCAGUGGGAAGGGAAAGGUCCCUUGAUCUUCCUAUAAGCUGUUAUUAAGCUAAUUAAUUUAGUUUCCUAUCAUGUAAUUUAAGGUUGGAGUAUAUAUUAGUUUCUAAAUCUUGAGGCUCCCAAAAGGAAAAAUGGAUAAUUGAAUCUUCAAAUCCUCUAUUUCAUCU